AUCAUCAUCAUCAUCUCUCCAGUUUACCUAUUUGCCUCUUUAUUUUUAUAAUAGAAACAAUUCUCUCUCUUUUCUCCCCUUCGUCUCUCUCUCUCUCUCUCGAUUUUCCCUGUCUAUUUAACUUUCUCUCUCUUCCAAUGAAUGGUAAAUCACAAGUGAGAAAAAAAGAAGAAAGAGGAAGAUAGAAAGAGAAGAUAGAAAAAGAGAGCUUAUGUGUUGAGGUUUUUCAUCUUCGAGUUUUUCAUCUUCUUUCUCUCUCUAUUCUGUGUAUAUGUGAUUCUAACUGUAACCAUUGGUAAUAUUUUCUACAAAUAUUAUCUAAUUUUCCCUGUAUUUUUCUACCUUUCUAAUCACCUUUAAAUGAAGUUAUAUACAAUACAUUGAUUUCUAAUUAACUGUGAAACAAAAUUAGUCAACAACAAAAACUAUUGUAAUUAGAAAAUUAUCAAAACAACAACAACCAAAAGAGAAAAUCAAAAUUAAUCUGUAUGUUCAAUGGAAACCAAAAUCUCACGAAGUGCACCAGAAUUAGAGCUUCAGAGAGCAGUUCAUUGCCUUAAGUAUGCUGAGACAUCAACUCUACAAUUGAAAAAUGUUUACAGUUUUGUAUUGAAGCUUAACGAUGGACUUAAAUCGGCGAUAAUGGGAUUAAGGUCAACAAUACGAAAUCUACGAAAAACUGAACAAGAAAGAGACUAUUGGAAGAUGAGAUUCGAGGCAUUACAAAAUCGUGAAGAAAACGGGAGCAAUUGGCGUUUACGAUAUGAAACAUUGGUGGAAAGAAAUGUGCAAUUAGAAGAAGAGCUUCGAAAAAUAUAUUCUAACGAAAUGUCAAUCGAGGAUUUCCAUCCGAAUGGCCGUAUGGACAUGGCCUCGACUUUUUUCAUCGCAUCGACAACAAGCAAUGGUAACUGUUCAAAUGGUGGCAAUCUAAUUGUUAGUCAACCAAUAAUUAAUCCAAGGCGGGUCAAUGCAAUCAUCAGUGGUAAUAAUAACGGUGCAAGUGAAGGUGACAAUUGUGAUCUGGAUGAGGAUCCCGAUGAUGAAUCAGAUUUUGAAGAUGACAGUGAAGGUGCUGGAGUGGGUGGAUUUUUACCCAUGAUCGAAGGGCCUGUUGCUGAAAAUCUUUCAUUCACUGAAUCGACAUUUAAUCCGACCAAUUUUUUAAAGAUAAAAUGUGAAGUCCAAGAGGAGAAAAACAAUGACGGUGAUGAUAAUCCCGAAGAAGAGGAAGAUGAUGAUGAUGAAGAAAUUGAGAUUAAGAUGAAUGAUUACGAAACCAAUUCUAAUCCAACGGAUAAUAAUACGAGUUCAUCUUCCACCAGCAAUAACCAUUUAAAUGGUUUCAAUAAUCUGACAAAUAUCAAUAUGAUUAAAAAUGAUAUCGAUGGUGAUGUGGUCUCAAGUAUGAUCGAUUAUGAAGCACUUCGAAAUUGCCUGGCUAAGGAUGCGAGACAAUGUCCAGUCUGUCCAAGAAUUUGUUCACAGCGUAAUUCAACUGUCCGUCAUUUAAUCGAAGUCCAUCAUUUGGACAGAUCAGAGCUGAUGAUUCGUAAAUUUCACAAAGGUUAUCACUUUGCCAAUUUUUCCAAAUAAUUUUCUAACUUAAUUAUCAUCACCAAAAAGACAAACACACACACACACAAAUCAGAUUCGAUCUCUCAUAUUAUUAUACAAAAAAAACGAAACAUAAUCAACCCAAAAAACUGAAUGAUUGUUGUAUGAGACACAAAACUUUUUUUACGUUUUCUCAAGAAUCACAAUCGCAUCUCAAUUGAUUACUAUUAAUCAUCUUCUUCAUAAUUUGACAAUAUUUUUCUUCUCAUUAAUUGAAUUUUACUUAAUCUCAUUGAACGCAUUUUCAAAGCACGAUAUCAAAUUCAUCAACAACUUAAUUGCUGCCAUCCUAAUCAUGCCUCUUUCUAUUACUUAAUCUCUCUGUCUCCUAAAUUUGUACGCCCUCGCAAUGCUAAUCAUAAGUCAAUGGACAUUUCUAAAUGCAAUCAAACAAAAUCAUAGAUUUCAACCUAAUAGAUGGUGAAUAUGAGCUACAAAAAUUGUAUAACAAUUAAGCUAAUCAAUUAAAUUAAAAUCUAAUUAUUCUAUGUGAACAAAAA